AGCUACAUCAUCAGCUGGCAUUUUGCAGUGAGAGAGAUAGGAGGUGGUUGCUCCUCAGUCCUCCCAAAGACAUGCGAUUUUCAUACCAGGGUAAUGAUAUACCACCUCUUUUUCUUGUGCAUAUCCGUUAACCAGAUGUCACUAGAACCGUUUUGCGUUAACCUUAACGGUUCAACCGGAUCCUUUGAUCUGUACAAUAAAUCAUUAUUACAACUUCGUAAAACACACGGUCAUGGCUUCAAUGUGAGUGGGAUCAGAACCUUAUUUCUUAUUUCGCUUGGCGGAAGAGAGUAAGGAGAACACAAAAUGACCAGCAGUGAAAUGAGGGCUGGGCACAACCGGGUCAGCCGGCGGUUUCAGGGAGUUUUCUGCCAGACGAAUCUGCUAUUCUGGAAGCUCAGAUUUAAUAACGAAUUGCAGUUACUAGUAAAAGCAAGAAUGGCACUCCAGAGGAAUAUAUUUUCAAUUUAUCGAUGAUUAUUUUUCGCGAAGCACAAAUGACCGAUAUUGAACACUUUGUAAUUUUCUUACAUGAAGUAAAAUGCUGGAACAAAAAUUGCGCGCCAAAUUGAAUCUCUCCAAUCGGUUUUUACUGGAUGAUGAGGAGUGAAAAUUGGUCAAAAAUAUUGAUGAAAUAAAGAAAUCUCUCUCUUAGCAGCAAUGUAUAUAAAACAAGUAAUAAUAGAUGGUUUCAAAUCAUAUGCUCAGCGAACAGAAGUGAACGGAUUUGACCCACAAUUUAACGCCAUAACUGGUUUAAACGGCAGUGGCAAAUCAAAUAUCCUCGAUUCUAUUUGCUUUCUUCUUGGUAUCUCAAAUCUUCAACAGGUGCGAGCAAGUAAUCUUCAAGAGCUGGUAUAUAAAGGUGGUCAAGCUGGUGUUACCAAGGCAACAGUUACAAUAUCAUUUGAUAAUUCUGACAAAAAACAAAGUCCAGUUGGUUAUGAAACUUUUGAUGAGAUUACAGUUUCCAGACAGGUUGUUAUUGGUGGCAGAAAUAAGUAUCUUAUAAAUGGAAGCAAUGCAAAUAACACAAGAGUGCAAGACUUAUUUAGAUCUGUCCAGUUAAAUGUGAACAAUCCUCAUUUUCUCAUUAUGCAAGGAAGAAUAACCAAAGUUUUAAACAUGAAACCCCCUGAGAUUCUUUCCAUGAUUGAAGAAGCUGCUGGCACAAGAAUGUAUGAGAGCAAGAAACUUUCUGCCCAGAAAACAAUUGAAAAAAAGGAGUCAAAACUCAAAGAAAUCGAAACAAUUUUGAAUGAAGAAAUUACACCAACUUUGAAGAAGCUGAAAGAGGAACGCUCGUCAUAUUUGGAUUAUCAAAAAACAAUACGAGAAUUGGAACAUCUCACAAGGCUGUAUAUUGCUUAUCAGUUUGUACAGGCAGAGGAAAUACAGAAAAAGUCUGUAAACGAAUACGAUGAAAUGGCAAAUCUGAUAAAAACUUUAAAAGAAAAGUCUGUUCAGAUUGAAGAGCAAAUCAAAGUACUCAACGGUGAGAUAGGAGAGUUGGAAAAGAAAAGAAACGAGGAAGCUGGUGAGGUGAUCAAGAAUUUAGAAAACAAAGUUAAUGAACUUUCCAAGGUUGACGUUAAAGCAAACUCAGAUGUGAAGCAUGCUAAGGAUCAACUGGCCGCGGAAAACAAGAAGAAGAAAGCUUUACUGAAAAGUUUAACUGAUGAUCAAAACCAGCUGACUUCAAAGGAAUCAGAAAUGAAGAAAAUGUCAGAUAAUCUGAUAGAGUUGAAAAAGAAAAGUGAGGAAGAUACAAAACUCGUAACGAAUGCUCAAGAUCAUUUCCAUGCUGUGUCAGCAGGAUUGUCAAGUAAUGACGACGGAGAGGAUCAAACCUUGGCUGAUCAACUACUUGGUUGCAAAAAUGAUAUUAGUAAUGCUGAAACUGAAUUGAAACAAGCGCAAAUGAAAGCAAAACACGCUCAAGCAGAACUGAAGAAAAAACAAAACGAGUUGAAAAAGACGGAGAAAGACUACUCCAAAGAUAAAAUGUUGUUUGAUGAUAUUCAAAAGAAUGUCAAGAAACUUGAGUCUGAGAUGAAGAGACAACAGUAUGAAGAAGGACAAGAAGAACGUCUAGUUCAAAGAAAGCGUGAACUGGAAGAGGAAGUUGCUGAACUUCGCACAAAAACUGAAAUGCUUGAAGCCAGGUUUCCCAAUUUACAGUUUCAGUACAAAGAUCCGGAACCAAAUUUUAACAGAAAAAAGGUGAAAGGAUUAGUUGCUCAAUUAAUCAAAGUAAAAAACGUGUCAACGGCUACUGCUCUUGAAGUUGCUGCAGGAAACAAGUUGUACAAUGUUGUUGUUGAUACUCAAGACACUGGCAAGAAAUUGCUUCAGAAAGGAGAACUAAAAAGGCGUUAUACUAUCAUACCACUGAAUAAGAUCUCUAGUAGAACAAUAAAUCCAAAUACCAUAAAGAAAGCAAAAUCUUUGGUUGGUGAUGAGAGUGUUAACCUUGCAUUAUCAUUAGUUGGUUAUGAAAAGGAUGUUGAAGCUGCAAUGUCGUUUGUCUUUGGAGGAAGCUUUGUUUGUGAUACACAAGACAACGCUAAAACGGUAACAUUCAACCCUGACGUUCGAUCCCGAUGUGUCACACUGGAUGGAGAUGUCUUUGACCCUGCUGGAACACUGACUGGGGGUGCCCGCUCGAAUAACACAUCAAUUCUAGCAAAACUUCAAGAAUUAAACACUGCUUCAGAAGCGUUUUCCAAGAAAUCUGGCGAAUUGGACAAAGUCAUGAAGGAACUUGAGAAUUGCAAGAAAGUCGCUGAAAAGUUCCGACAGUUGAAACAGCAAUAUGAUUUGAAAAUUAAAGAAGCUGAAUUAAUUGAGUCAAAGUUGAAACAAAGUACUCAUCAUCAUCAGUUGGAAGAAGUUAAUUCUCUUCAAAAAACUGUUGAGGAACAAGUUGAUAUUGAAAAGAAGGCUAAGAAAACGAUUGAAACUGCUACUGCUAAAAGCAAGAGUAUUGAGGAGAAAAUGAAGGAGGCUAAAACUCAUCGGGAGAGAGAACUAAAGAAGGCUGAAGAAGAUUUGAAUGAAAUUAAGAAAAAAGCCGAAGAGUCGUGUAAGGAUAUGAAAAAUAAAGAACAGAAAGUAGAAGAAUUGAAGCUAGAAAUUGAGGAAAUAAGAGCAGAAGUCGCCAAUGUUGAACAACAGAUUGCCAGCACAGAUGAAGUAAUCACUGAACUAGAAAAACAAAUAGAAGAUCUGUUAGCAGUUGCUGAAAACUCCAAGAAAGCUUGUCGUGAAGCAGAGGAAAAUCUCAAAGAGCAAAAGAAAACAUUACGAGCUUGUAAUGAGGCAAUUAAUACAAAAAUCUCUGCUAGAAAAGAGAUGGAAAACGAAAACAAUGACAACAUGAUCAAGGUUAAAGAGUUGGAUCAUAAAAUGGUGAAGUUCCAAAAAGAUAGUAAAGACGCUGCACAUAAGGUCGAGAGAAUGAUCGCUGAAUACCAGUGGAUUGACAGCGAGCGACAGUUCUUUGGUAAGCCGAACACCGCUUACGACUUCUCGGCAAAUGACAUGCCUGAAGUUUCACGAAGAUUAGCCAAACUACAGGAAACUAAAGACAAAUUGGGCAAAAAUGUCAACAUGCGAGCCAUGAAUAUGUUGGGGAAAGCCGAAGAAAAGUAUAACGACUUGAUGAAAAAGAAAGGCAUUGUUGAGAACGAUAAAGCUAAAAUUGAACAGGUCAUUGCUGAACUCGAUGAAAAGAAAAAUGAAGCACUGAAAAAAGCUUUUGAGAAAGUUAAUAUUGAUUUUGGAUCUAUAUUUUCCACAUUACUCCCUGGAACAUCCGCUAAACUUGCUCCACCUGAAGGACAAACUGUGCUUGAUGGAUUGGAAGUAAAAGUUGCUUUUGGUUCUGUCUGGAAAGAAAGUUUAGGAGAGCUCAGCGGCGGACAAAGGUCAUUGGUAGCUUUAUCUCUUAUCCUGGCAAUGUUGUUAUUCAAACCUGCACCACUGUAUAUCCUGGACGAGGUUGAUGCUGCCUUGGACCUGUCGCAUACUCAGAAUAUCGGUCAAAUGUUGAAGACCCACUUUAAACAUUCACAGUUCAUUGUAGUAUCUUUGAAGGAUGGUAUGUUUAACAAUGCGAAUGUGUUGUUUAAAACAAAAUUUGUGGAUGGUGUGUCUACAGUAACGAGAUAUGCACAGAACCCUUCACAUCAUGCACAGAGAGAUACUGCGAGAAGGAUCCAGCCGUCAACUGACCGAAGCAAAAAACGACGGGUAGAAGCAGACUCUAGCCAACCAUUAUCUGUGAAACAAUAACUAAACAACAGCAAAAAAAACCACAAUAACAAACUAAAAGCAUGUAUAUAGUUUUACAUAUAUAGUAUUGUUCAGAUUAAUUACCACUACUGGUACGACCACUACCACUGGUACUACCACUAUACCUUACUCAUGUGGUAAAUGCUUCUCCCCUAAUGGUAUCAAGGUAGUGGUAAAUUUUAAUCCUUGAUCUUCAUCUGUGGCAAGUAAAAUUUAUUGUGGUCGUCUAUCGCACGAUCGCCUAUGAAGGUAACAUAAUGCUACAUGUAGGUAAAAAAACUAUGUAUGUUCAUUACAAAACCAACUAUUAUAAAAUAUACCGAGUUUAAAAAUUU